AUGCAGCGCCUCCUUCCGUUUGCCUUUUCAGCAUUAUUGCCACGUAAUGUUCAUGAAGCAAUUGCAGGGAUUAGUGUUUUUUUCCGUGACUUAUGCAGCAGAGUAUUGACUGAAGAGGGUAUUAAUAAUUUGAAGACAAACGCACCAGUCAGCAUGUGCAACCUUGAGAAGAUAUUUCCUCCAUCAUUCUUUGAUGUAAUGGAACAUCUUGCUAUUCAUCUCGCAAGAGAAUUGGAACUUGGUGGUCCUGUGCAGUACAGAUGGAUGUAUAUUUUUGAGCGUUAUAUGCAUCAUCUGAAGAAUAUGGUCAAAAAUCAAAGCAGGGUGGAAGGAUCUAUAGUGGCACAGGUGAUCAAUGAAGAAACUGCAAUCUUUGCUGAAAAUUAUUUUCCACCAGAAGUGCAUACAAAACACCGAAGACCUGCUCGGCAUGAUGAUAGAGGGGAGAGAGCAACAUAUCAUGUUACUGUCCCAAGCAUGUUCAAGGAAAUAGGACGACUUAGUGGAAAAUUCACGAAGCGGAGACUUACGGACACUGAGAACGCUCAUUUGCAAACAUAUUUGCUCACCAACUGUGAAGAUGUUCUACAAUAUGAGAGUGUAUAUAUGGCGGAGUUGCGUAUGACUCACAGACAUGCAACAGAAGAUGAGUUUCGACAACUUAGAGAUAACGGAUUUACUGCGUGGCCUCGUAGUUAUGUGAGUCAUAUAUCAUAUUACCCCAUUCAAAUGAUUAGUUUAAAUUAA